ACCAGUUUCCUACAACAAGUCGUGAUAUUACAUCAACACCGCCAACUCCACCUGGUGCCAAAGAUGGCCUCAAGCCCAACGGAGACACCCUUUUCGUCUCUCGGUCUGGUGCUAUUCUUAGCCCUAGCCCUCGCUCUCCACCAACCACAUCCUCCCUCCUUGUACCCACCCCCCGUCCUCUCAGUGAAAUCCCUUCAGCUCGGAGCAGUAUGAUGGGAGAGGAUAAUGACUCGGAGUAUGAAACUGCUGACGACAUGGAAGGUGAUUCGGACGGAACCCAUACUCCUCACCCGCCUUCGCCUCCACACGACAUAUCUACUCUGCCAGAGAUCAGGAACUCACAUAGUGAUGGUUCAACUCUGGAUGCAUCGCCGAGAAUAUCGCCAAAUCUACCGGACCAGCAAAAUGCCAAUGACCCACAGGGCAAUGAGUCUGUUUCUCACGAGAGCCAGAACCCGGAGGCGUCUACUUCAAACUCCACUGCAUCAACUUCGACACAAGGUAGGAGGAAGAGUGUUAGGAUGCUCAUCUAUCCUACCGUUGCCGUUUCCCCUCCGGAGCGGUACGAUGAUGAGACAGUGACUCCAAGCCGAAGCGAUCAAUCACCUCCUUUAACUCCAGCGAGCAGUAGCACUAUACGUGCUGCCCCAAGUGCAACUGCUGGUCCCAGUACAUGGGAAACGAGGAUCAACGCUAGCCACAACGUCUGGGAUGAUUCCAGCGAGGAGGAUGAAGAAUACCGGCGCGCAAAGAGAGCUUUAUCACGGGCAACAGAACCCCUUG